UAGAGCGUGCUGGGGUACAAGCCUGGUGAGAGCAGUUCAGACUUGACUGGAAUCUCCAGGUACAAGCACGAUGAGAAGUACUUUUCCCCGUUCUAAAUGUACCCAGGCAAGAGAGUGACACAGAUUGCUUGUAAGGAAAGUCCAAAGAAUAGAAGAAAAAAGAAAAUUUAUGAGAACUACAAGAAAGCUCACAGCAGUUGGGGAUGGAUUGAUUCGUGAUUCCUUUGAUAUGUGAGAGCUACGUUUUGUGCUGCUGCUGCUGGACUUGAGCUGACUUUGUUGCAGCAAGCCCAACAGAUAGGCCCUAAUCGCUAACAGAACAUAAACAAGUGUGAUGGUGAAAUGAGAUGAGGCUCCGAAAUGGAACUGUGGCCACCGUGUUAGUUUUCAUCACUACUUUCCUCAGUUUGUCCUGGUAUACUGCAUGGCAAAAUGGGAAAGAAAAGCUAAUUGCAUAUCAACGGGAAUUUCAUGCUUUGAAGGAACGUCUUCGUAUAGCUGAGCAUCGGACUCUGCAACGCUCUUCUGAGCUGAAUGCUAUCUUGGAGCAGUUCAGGCGUGCAGUAGCAGAAACAAAUGGAAGCAAGAAUGCACUGAAUAAUUUUUCAGAUGAGACACUGAAAUUGUUAAAAGAACUAACAAGUAAAAAAUCUCUUCAAGUGCCAAAUAUAUAUUACCAUUUGCCUCAUUUGUUGAAAAAUGAAGGAAGCCUUCAACCUUCUGUGCAGGUUGGCCUUGGAAGGACAGGAGUUUCCAUUGUAAUGGGAAUACCUACAGUGAAAAGAAAAGUCAAGUCUUACCUUACAGAAACUCUCCACUCCCUUAUUGAUAAGCUGUCCCCCGAAGAAAAACUGGAUUGUGUUAUGGUGGUCUUUAUAGGAGAGACUGAUCUUGAUUAUGUUAACAAUGUUGUUGCAAGCCUGGAAAAAGAAUUUUCUACAGAGAUCAAUUCUGGCUUGGUGGAAGUCAUAGCCCCUCCUGCGUCUUACUAUCCUGACUUGUCAAACUUGAAAGAGACAUUUGGAGACUCAAAAGAGAGAGUGAGAUGGAGAACAAAGCAAAACUUGGAUUACUGUUUUCUUAUGAUGUAUGCCCAGAAGAAGGGAGUUUAUUACAUUCAGCUUGAAGAUGACAUCGUUGUCAAGCAGAAUUAUUUCAGCACAAUAAAAAAUUUUGCGCUUCAGCUUGCUUCUGAAGAUUGGAUGAUUCUAGAAUUUUCUCAGCUGGGUUUCAUUGGUAAAAUGUUCCAGUCUCCAGAUAUCACUCUUAUUGUAGAGUUCAUAUUUAUGUUUUACAAGGAGAAACCCAUUGAUUGGCUUCUGGACCAUAUCCUCUGGGUGAAAGUGUGCAACCCUGAGAAAGAUGCCAAACAUUGCGACCGACAGAAAUCAAACCUACGAAUACGCUUCAGGCCUUCUCUUUUCCAGCAUGUUGGCCUCCACUCCUCCCUCGCAGGGAAGAUCCAAAAACUCACAGAUAAAGACUUCCUGAAACCAUUGCUGCAUAAAAUCCACGUGAAUCCACCUGCAGAGGUUUCCACAUCUUUAAAAGUCUACCAAGGGCAUACACUAGAAAAAACCUACGUAGGGGAAGAUUUUUUCUGGGCUGUCACACCGGUUGCUGGGGACUAUAUUCUAUUUAAAUUUGACAAACCUGUCAAUGUAGAAAGGUACUUGUUUCACAGUGGCAAUCCAGAGCACCCAGGAGAUAUACUUCUAAACACAACUGUGGAAGUUCUGCCUUUUCAGAAUGAAGAACUGGUAUUGAGCAAAGAAACCAAAGACAAACGCUUAGAGGAUGGUUACUUCAGGAUAGGGAAAUUUGAAAAUGGUAUAGCUGAAGGAACAGUUGACCCUAGCCUAAACCCUGUUUCAUCAUUCCGGCUUUCAGUAAUACAAAAUUCAGCAGUAUGGGCGAUUCUCAAUGAGAUUCAUAUUAAAAAGAUUACAAACUGAUCGUCGAAUUCUCCUUUAGAGGAAAAAGAAAGAAUCCUUGAACACUUUUCCUGUAAAAUCUGACAUCCUUAACAAGUCAUAAAUUGAAAAUACUGAGCAUGCACCUUAUCCCAAAUUUCGUUCAUUUUCACUUGAACUCUACCUCUUGUGAAAUCUACUGUAGAUGAGAAGAUUGUAUUUACCCCUUCUUAUCUGAUCCAUCCAGAAACUGAUGCUCCACACUGAUAACGUUCAUCUGAGGCCUAGCUUGCCCUCCACUUUAAUGUGACUUUACCAUCUUAUGGUUACAGAACCCUCCUACACUUAAUCUGUACUAUUUUGAUAGUAUAGUAAUAUAGAGAAGUUGUACAUAUUGUUACAUUCCUGGAAGAAGAAGAAAAAUAUAAUUAUUGUUAAAUAUGUUUUAUGAAGGGGGUACUUUCGGAGUUCCAUUUAUUUUCUAUAACAAGAACCCUCUUUUAUAGAUUGUCAGGGAUAUAUAUUAAAAAUGUUAGGGAUAUUUAAUUUAUUAAAAUAAUUUGAAAAGUACAUAUUUUUAUGCAGUAAAAUUUUAAAUUGAUAUAGUUUUUUUUAUGAAUUCUCUAGUUUAAGUUAUCUUUCUACAUUUUUCUUUGGAGAUGCGAACAUAAAUUAAUACCAUAUUUCAAAUAUACUGCCAUGUUUAAAAAAAACUAGAUUAAGUUUCUAAAUUAUGUAGUUUUGUACACAGAAUCUGAAUUAUGUUCAGUGGCAUUAACAGAGUUCUGAAGAGCAUCAUUCUUCGGAGCUAUGAAUUUCCACUAUGUACAGUUUGUAGCCACAUGGAGAGCAUGUUGAAAUGUCUUAUUUCAUAUUAUGUACUAAAUCUGCAGUGAUUUUAGAUUUAAUCCAUUGCAUUUUAGAAGAAUUUUUCAAUUCCUAACUGUUCUUUCUUAAAAAAAAAAAAAAAGAAAAAGGAAAAAAAAAAAAAACUUUUUAGACAUUUCCUAGCCUGGACAAAUUCAUUUUCUGUACUACAAAAAUCAGUCCCCAGCUUUCCUUGGAGUGACAGAGGUUAACCUCUUUAAAAAGAGUUAAUUAGAUAUACUUGAUCUACAGCAGUAUCCUCUUAAGCAGUUAUUGCAGUAUUUAUUUUAGAUACAUUACAGCGAAUAGUUCUGGUUUACUUUUAUUUUGUUCCAUUGUUCAAGAACAAGGUUUCAGUUUGACUCUUUUUAUUGAUCAGUGUAAUAACUCGUGCUAAUUUUACUAAGAACUGAAUUUGGCCUCAAGUCAGUACCCUGCCUUUUCGUUUCAAGGGAAACAACAGUGAUCUUGAAUCAGAAACUCCGUCAGGAACAUGACAUGGUUUGGAUUAAAUCCAGCGUGGAUUUGUUGCAGUACUAAUGCUGCCACUGUUCGUAAGAGUUCUUCUGCUUAGGUGCUAAUGUGUAAAGGACACAGGCACGGGAGGCUUUAAGUUACCCAGUCAGAACUGGUCGGGAAGGAAAGAGGCAGGAACUCCUCUCUUCACUAGGAAUGAAGUGCCUGAUUGACGCUGGAUGGGGGCUGCUGCCCUGGCUUGGGGAUUCUCAGCUGCUGUGAACCGGCCUCCUCGAGCUGACAUCUCAAAAGGUGGCACAGUUCUCGUGGGGUGGAGGAAUUCCCUUAUCCCCAACAGCUCUGGGGCCAGAGCACAGACAUGGAAAACUGCUGUGGGGUCCCUAAACUAGGGCAGGGAUCUCAAAUCCGUGUCUCCAGCAGUAAUGUUCUUCUAAUGGAUUUGGUCUCUUUUUCUCAUGACCUGUUAAUAAGGAUUAGGAGCCUAAACCUGACUCUCCAGCAGUGCAAGCUGAGAGCCAUCACCACUGGGAUAUGGAGUCAACUUGUGUUUUCUUCUGCCUUCCUGGCUAAUUGUGUUCUGUCUUAGACAGUUCAGCAGUAUUCAAGUUUAUAAGGUUUAUAAGCUUAACUGCUCCUACAGACCAUACUCAUUUUCUUUUAGCUAUGUUGUCUGAGAACACAGGUAAGAUUUGUACACGGAAGUAAGAUCUUCUAUUUAGACUAACUGGUCUAAGUUGAAAAAAGAAGGAAGCUACUAGGCAGGCCUUGUUCACUUUUUUUUUCCUGAUUAUAUCGGAUGCUAUAAAUCAAACAUGUUACUUGCAAAGCUUGCCUUGCCCACAGAGACUGUGGACAAGCUAACCUCAUCCAUAGAGUUUCUUGGAGUAAGGAAGGUAAGGUAAUAGACUCUGAAUCCUACCCGAAUCUAGCCUGCUAUGAUGCACAGCCCAGUUUGUUACAUGUACAAUGCUAUUCCAUCAAAUUAUUACCACACAGUGGCUUUUUAUCACAAAUUAACUAGCCAAGGUCUAAGGAAGUAUUUGUUUUCUUCUCAGCUGUGCCUGUGAAUGAACGAUGCAGACAACGUAGGCUCUAGCUAUUUACUACAAUUUAGAUUGCAGAAGUACAUUAGAUACUGCAGUUUCUUAAAAUAAGUAGUUCUCUUGGUAGUGGCUUUCAUCUUUUCCUGUGAGUUCCUAAGUUUACUGGUACCAUUUAUCAAGGAUGCUGUGUGCUUACUCUCAAAGCAUCACCGUUCCUGAUGUUUCAUAGUAGUUAAGAUGAAUCAUUGGUAACACACCUAAUCACACUGAACCCUUCCACCACAGGCUGCAGAACUCUGGUGUUACAUUGUAUUUGGAUCUCAAGAACACCAAGGUGAAAUUUGUCAAAAGCAACAAAUUAACUAGUGUUUGAUAAUGUACUGUGGGUUGGUUGGUUUGGUUUUCAGAAAGGUUAUUGCAUUUUUAUUGCAUUGUACUAGAAGGAAUUGGAAAUACUCAGGGCUCCUUUGACACUUACAAUGUUCUUGAGCAUAUGUACUAUUGAAAUAAUUGUGCCACAUUAAUACAAAUCAUGUUCUGUAGAUUCAGGUAAAUCAGGCUUGGUGUUUUCCCGAAGUUCUGCAAAUUUGCUUGGAAAUUAUCUCUACAGACAGCUGUUUUGGGUUUUCAAACGUUCAAAUUCUAAUCCCCAAGUCAGUCUAGUGAAGUGCAAGUCUCCUUUCUGCAAUUGUGCUUGAAAUAAGAAAGCUUCAGCUGUUUGGCUCAACAGUCACUAGCUUGGGUACGCGGUGACCAGAUAUGCUCCGAAUGGGCUUGUCUGUCUUACAUAUGUCACAAGUUACGUUAUUACUGCAAGAGUUCAUCUCAGCAUCUUAAACCAAUUACCUGAUUUUGGGGGAGUUUCUUCCUACAUUUAUUUAACUUCAAACUAUUUUUGGUUUGGUCUUAAAAAUCCCCAGUAGGUCAGUGGAUCUUAUAGUAACCAAGUAAUAGAAAGUGAUUCAAAAUAAACCGCGUUAUCCUGUUAGCUCCUUCUGAUGUUAAAGCCUCAGAAAGGAAGCCAGAGUUACUACCUGAAAACUUCGUUUUCUGGACAAAUUAUUCUUAACUUCAUGUAUUAGAUGCUAAACAGUCCAGCUGAUUACAGCACUGGCUUUUCUGAGCUCAUCAUGACUGAUCUGGACCAAGAAAAUAUAAGACUUGGUCUAAUCUUGCUUUGCUCAUUUGGUGGGUAGACUUACUGAAAACUUCGUAAAUAAUAUGAACAGGAUAUGAUCCCAAGUUAACACUUUAAAAACAAAAUAACUGAAGAGUAUUUUUAAAACUCUGUAUGAGGCUUCAUGCUUCUGCAGACAUCUUAACCAUUUGUUGGCAUUGACAGAAAAUAUUCCUAAAGGCACACUUAUUUAAUUAAACUUUGAUUAAAUUAAAAGUUACUCAUGGACCAAUGACAGACUGGACUCUUGUUAUAUCACUGCUUUUCUAACUCUUCCAAGAGAAACUUUUAAAUAUCUUGAGUCAGUUUAGAGCAAAGCAAUUUAUACUUUGCCCACAUGAUAUAUGAUUCCUUGAAUGGGCUGGACUAUGACUAGUCUUUGGCAAAACCAUAUGAAUUUGUAAUGCUUUUCUUUUUUUUUUUCAAAUAUAUAUAAUUUUAGUAAUGCCUGUUUUUUUGUUGGAAAUGCUGCAAAUGGAAUACUGUAGUAAUUUGUAGUUUGCUUCCAACUUGGCAAAAUAUUAAUUUUCUA